CUACGAAUGAAAUCGCUGCUGAUUGGCCUAAGCGAGUCUAAACUAGCCAAUAGAAAUCCUCGAUGCUCAUAGUGAAUGGUAGGGAUUGACAAGCGAGCGUGGGAAGCCAAGAAACUUGGACACAAAAGGGGGCAUGCAGUAACGAAUGCAGUUGAAUACGUUCAAUGUUCUCUCUGUCCUAAGGAAUGGAUGACAAAAAUGAGGAAAGCUGCAGUGUUUACCCGAGUCUGUUUCCACUCAGCACUGAGUUCACAGCAAGGAUGCAGCAGUUGAUGGAGGACAGAACAGAGACCUCUGUGUGGACUGGUGUGCUUAUCGGGGCUGUUGUAUCUGUCUCUCUCAUUGGCAUUGUGGUGUUUCUGCUCUACAGAAGAUACAAGAUGGCCAAAGAGGAUCAGGCUGGAGUUCCUCAGUAUCGUUUUAGGAAAAGAGACAAGGUCAUGUUCUAUGGCAGAAAGAUAAUGAGAAAGGUGCAGACUUUGUCCUCUGUUGCGACCCCCACCUCAAACUCAGCACCCCGGCAGCGAACCAGGAAGAGAACGAAAGUGUUAUCAAUAGCACGCAAGAUCCUGCGUAUUCGUAAAGAGCCAUCUCCGACCCUGCAGCCAAAGGAGCCCCCUCCUUCUUUGCUGGAGGCUGACCUCACGGAGUUUGACGUGCAGAACUCUCAUCUUCCCUCUGAGGUGCUGUACAUGCUGAAGAACGUCAGGGUGCUGGGACACUUUGAGAAGCCUCUGUUUCUGGAGCUUUGUCGACACAUGGUGUUUGUGCAGUUGCACGAGGGGGAAAGCCUGUUCCGCCCCGGUGACAUCGACGACAGCAUCUACGUGGUGCAAGAUGGCCGCCUGGAGCUCUGCAUCCAUGAAAGUGAUGGCACAGACGCAGUAGUUAAGGAGGUGUUAGCUGGAGACAGUGUCCACAGCCUGCUCAGUAUUCUGGAUGUCAUCACCGGUUACCCAGCGCCUUACAAGACGGUGUCUGCGAGGGCUGCCGCCCCCACCACCAUCCUGCGUCUUCCAGCGGCGGCCUUCCAGUCUGUGUUUGAAAAAUACCCAGAGACUCUUGUACGCGUUAUCCAGAUCAUUAUGGUUCGCCUGCAGAGAGUAACCUUUCUGGCCCUACACAACUACCUGGGCCUUACCACGGAGCUCUUCAACCAGGAGAGCCAGGCCAUACCCCUGGUGUCGGUGGCUAGUGUGCUGGGGGAGGGCAACCCAGGCAGGGUUCUACGGAGACAGCAGUCUGGGUCUGAGGACCCGGGAGCAGAAAUCACAGAGAGAGAAAAGUCCCACCCCUCAGAGAGCCCCACCAUUAAAUUCAAGAAGUCUCGUUCUCACUCCACUCCUAUGGCGGUCACAGACAACGCCACCGCAGACCUCAACGCUGCGUACGAGAGAGCCAAGAUAAAGGAGCAGGAGAAACCGAAAGCACAGGAAGAGAACCCGCCAAGCCCUUCUGUACAUAAGUCUAUCCUGAAGAAGUGUGUGACCAUGGUCCACACGCCCUCAGCUGUGCACCACUACACUGAGGCAGGGGGCCCCUCUACAGGCCAUGUCCACCACAGCAAGGUCAACGCCAUCUUCCAUGCUGCCAAGAAGGACCUCCUCAAAGUCUUCCAACUGCAGGACCUGAGUCUGCUGGAAGGCAGGGUAACUCUACGCCAGGUCAAGGCCGGAUGUGUGGUGGCCAGCCAGGGGGACCAGGACGUGAGUGUGCAGUUUGUCAUCUCGGGUGUGCUGCACGUGUAUCAGCGCAUGAUAGACCGCGAGGAGGACACGCUGCUGUUCCACACACACCCUGGGGAGAUGGUGGGUCACCUGGCCGUGCUCACAGGAGAACCCCUCAUCUUCAGUGUACGCGCCCACCGCGACUGCAGCUUCCUAUCCAUCUCCAAGGCCCACUUCUAUGAGAUCAUGCGUGAGGACCCCAGGGUGGUGCUGAACGUAGCUCACCAGGUGGUGAAGAGGGUGUCUUCCUUUGUCAGACAGAUCGACUUUGCACUGGACUGGAUGGCAGUGGAGGCAGGACGUGCUGUCUACAGACAAGGAGACAAGUCAGACAGUACAUUUAUAGUUCUCAGCGGCCGCUUACGGUCGGUCAUAGCAAAGGAUGAUGGGAAGAAGGAGCUGACAGGCGAGUAUGGCCGCGGUGACCUGAUCGGCGUGGUGGAAGCCCUGACCCACAUGAACCGGGCAACAACGGUACACGCUGUCAGGGACUCGGAGUUAGCCAAGCUGCCAGAGGGAGCGCUCAACUCCAUCAAGAGGAAGUACCCCCAGGUCGUCACCCGGCUCAUCCACCUGCUGGGGCAGAAAAUCCUGGGGAACAUGCAGCAGGUCAAUGGACCCCUGGCAGCUCGUAGUCUGGCCCUCCACACCCCGGGCAGUAAGUGGGAUGUGGGGAACCCGGCCUCCAACCUCUCCACAGUCACCAUCCUGCCCGUGUCGGACGAGGUUCCCCUCACUGCCUUCACCCUGGAGCUGCACCACGCACUGACUGCCAUCGGUCCAACUUUACUCUUGACAAGUGACAUCAUCAAGCAACGACUGGGCUCUGCAGCACUGGACAGUGUUCAUGAGUACCGCCUGUCCAGUUGGCUGGGUCAACAGGAGGACAUCCACCGCAUUGUCCUCUACCAGUCCGACGCCAGCCUCACCCCCUGGACCCAGCGCUGCAUUCGCCAGGCUGACUGCAUCAUUAUCGUGGGACUGGGCGAGCAGGACCCGGCUGUGGGGGAGCUGGAGCGCAUGCUGGAGGGCAGCGCGGUGCGAGCCCAGAAACAGCUGGUGCUGUUGCACCGUGAGGAUGGACCCCCGCCGAGAGGCACCGUGGAGUGGCUCAACAUGAGGAGCUGGAUCUCCAGACACCUCCACCUGUCCUGCCCGCGCAGGGUCUUCUCCAAGAGGAGCCUGCCAAAGCUGAUAGAGAUGUACCAGCGUGUGUUCCAGAAGCCUCCAGACCGUCACUCGGACUUCUCCCGCCUGGCCAGGGUGUUGACAGGCAACACCAUCGCACUGGUGCUGGGGGGAGGGGGAGCCAGGGGCUGUUCUCAAGUCGGCAUCCUCAAGGCCCUGAGUGAAUCAGGCAUCCCUGUGGACUUGGUGGGUGGAACCUCUAUCGGCUCUCUGAUUGGGGCAUUAUACGCAGAGGAUAAGAGCAACAGUCGCUUGAGAGUCCGAGCUCGGGAAUGGGCGAUGGACAUGACCUCCAUCUUCAAAAAGGUCCUUGACCUCACUUAUCCUGUCACCUCAAUGUUCUCCGGAGCUUCCUUCAACUCCAGCGUUAGCUCGGCCCUUAAGGGCAAACAGAUAGAGGAUCUGUGGAUCCCCUACUUCAACAUCACUACAGACAUCACAGCUUCCUCCAUGAGGGUCCACACUGAUGGAUCACUGUGGAGGUAUGUCCGUGCCAGCAUGUCUCUGUCGGGCUACCUUCCCCCUCUCUGUGACCCUAAGGAUGGACACCUUCUCAUGGAUGGAGGUUACAUCAACAACCUGCCUGCUGACGUUGCACGAUCCAUGGGAGCCAAGGUUGUGAUAGCCGUUGACGUGGGCAGCCAGGACGAGACCGACCUCACCAACUACGGUGACUCGCUCAACGGCUGGUGGUUGCUAUGGAAACGCUUCAACCCCCUGGCAGAGAGAGUCAAGGUGUUGAACAUGGCAGAGAUCCAGACCAGGCUGGCUUAUGUGUGCUGUGUGAGGCAGCUGGAGUCUGUGAAAGACAGCGAUUACUGCGAGUACAUACGCCCCCCCAUCGAUCGCUACGGCACGCUGGACUUUGGCAAAUUUGACGAAAUUGCUGAAGUGGGAUACCAGCAUGGGAAAACACUAUUUGACGUGUGGCUACGCAGCGGGGUUGUGGACAAGAUGCUAAAGGACAGACACCAAGAGGAGUUUCAUAAAACUAAGAGUGGCAACGUGACGUGUCCCAAUGCCUCCUUUACUGACCUGGCAGAGAUUGUGUCUAGAAUUGAGCCAGUUAAACCAGCCCUGAUGGAUGAGGAGUUUUCGGAGGAGUACCAGACAGACUAUGAUGAGGAGGCGGUGGAGAGUGCCCUGUCUGAUCUGGAUAUGUCUUGUUACAACAGUGAGCAAGGGGAAGAGACUGCUGACACAGAUGAAGAAAUUCAAAUUGGUGUUCGACAUCGGACACCGAACCACUCCAACAAUGUCGGCCUGUGACAUCCAUCAUAUACUUGACAUACAGCCUGGGUCACAGUUCUGUUUAUAGUUAUUCCAGACAGUCCAGACAAAAAGCAGUACUUUGUAUUACUUGGGGGAGGGAAUGCUUGACAUCCACCUAUUGUUCAUUCAUUUGAAGGCCAAUUAUAACAACUUCCUUUUUAUUUUAUUUUAGUGUUUACUUAGUACAUUGAAGGGAUUUUCUCCCAUUCAGAGAAGGGAUUGAUCAAAGGUUUCUCAUCACACACACAAAUGUAUUGUGAAUUAUAGGCUCAAAGUUGGGCGCAAACCAUGAUAAGCUACACUUAUAGGGUCAUAGGGUGCAAGAUCAACAAUGAACAAGAUCAACAAUUACUCUGUCUUGGGUCUGGAACUGCAUAAGAUAAUGAGUAUUUCACUUACCUGUCUGCUAUACAUACCGAAUAUAUGGAAAAUUUUGUUUAAAAACCACAACUCCCUUACUUAGCUGCUAUAUGUCGAUCAAUGUUGCAGUAUUCAUUCAUUCAUAGUUACAUUGUACUUAUGUGUACAGGCAUUAUCAUUAUCAUGCAAACAUAUCAAUGCAAUUUUCUACUCUCUUUUAUGCUGCCAUUUGUCUUUAACAAUACUGGUGGUCCUUUACUUUUGAUUCAAAUGUAACAUUAAUGAAUGUCUGACCUAUAUGUGUAAUGAUGAAAAAGGGACUGACAUACAUAAAUCAAAAAUAAUUUAUUAAUAUUGAUAUAGAUUUGAGAGUUUCUUUUGUGUUAUUUUCCUUAUGCCAUUUUUUCAGGGAUUUGUGUUAAAUUAAUCAUGUUAUGUCUUAUAAUGUUGACAUUUUAUGUUGUGUUCAUGUUCAUUUAGAUAUGUUGAACUUUUAGUUGGU